GUGGGAGUCACAGCAGGUAAAGUGGACUUCUCACUUUGCAGACUUUGGAGUAGGACAAAUGGGAAACGAAUUGAGCAAUUUAAUUGUAUCAGACGCAAUUCAUUCCAAGUGACCUGAGGACAGAACAAAGCAUUCAGACUUUGCAUCCUGGCCCGUGCAGGAUCUCUGUGAGAAGCUGUACUUCAGGCAGAGUUCUCUCUGUCCUGCCAGCCAAGCUGCGCAUUUCCCCAGCUCUCCCGCCACCAUGAAGGGGAUCUUCUCAAAGCCCACCCUUGUUCUAGCCAUCUCCAUGUGGGCUGCUUUUGCAUCAGAUUACCCUCUUCCAUUGGGCUACAAGGAAGCUUACUUAGAACAGACAAAGGCUGAAUGCAAGAAGAACAUCAACAGGUGCUGGCUUUUGUCCUACUUCCAGCCUAGUAAGCUCAUAUGUGGCAGUGACCAGGUCACCUACGGUGGGGAGUGCCAUCUCUGCUUCAAAAUCCUAUUUGAAGGGCUUAACGUAACUAAACUGCACGAUGGAUCAUGUGAAAAUCCUUGAAUUUACCAUGAAGAAUAAUCUGAAUCUCCAGAUGACCAAUUGUAUCCCCUUUGGAGAAUUCUGAUGCUCGAGGAAACCGCUGGUUAGGAUCAAACUCAUUGAUUUGCUCUUUCAGUAUAUGAUUCUCAGCAAAAAUCUGGCUGGCCACCAUUUCUCUUCGUUAAUAAAAAGCUUG